CGGAGCCGCCGGGCCGCUGCGCGUCUGCCGCCGCCAUGGACCUGUUCGGGGACCUGCCGGAGCCCGAGCGCGCGCCGCUCCCGCCUGCCGGCAAAGAAGCUCAAAAAGGACCCCUGCUCUUUGAUGACCUUCCCCCGGCCAGCAGUACUGACUCAGGAUCUGGGGGACCUUUGCUCUUUGACGAUCUCCCACCUGCUGGCAGUGGUGAUUCAGGUUCUCUUGGCUCGCCAAUUUCCCAGGUGGUAAAGAAUGAAGGGAAAGGAGCAAAGAGGAAAACCUGCGAGGAAGAGAAGAAUGGCAGUGAAGAGCUUGUGGAAAAGAAAGUUUGUAAAGUUUCUUCGGUGAUCUUUGGUCUGAAAGGCUACGUGGCAGAGCGGAAGGGUGAGAGGGAGGAAAUGCAGGAUGCCCAUGUCAUCCUGAAUGACAUCACUGAGGAAUGCAGGCCUCCAUCGUCCCUUAUAACUCGGGUUUCAUACUUCGCUGUUUUUGAUGGGCAUGGAGGAAUUCGCGCCUCAAAGUUUGCUGCACAGAAUUUGCAUCAGAAUUUAAUCAGGAAGUUUCCUAAAGGAGAUGUUAUCAGUGUAGAGAAAACCGUGAAGAGAUGCCUUUUAGAUACAUUCAAGCACACAGAUGAAGAGUUCCUCAAACAGGCUUCCAGCCAGAAGCCUGCCUGGAAGGACGGGUCCACUGCCACGUGUGUCCUGGCUGUGGACAACAUCCUGUAUAUUGCCAACCUCGGAGAUAGUCGGGCCAUCCUGUGUCGGUAUAAUGAGGAGAGUCACAAACAUGCAGCCUUAAGCCUCAGCAAAGAGCAUAACCCAACUCAGUAUGAAGAACGCAUGAGAAUACAGAAGGCUGGAGGAAAUGUCAGAGAUGGGCGUGUCUUGGGUGUGCUGGAGGUAUCCCGCUCCAUUGGGGAUGGGCAGUACAAGCGUUGUGGGGUCACAUCUGUGCCUGAUAUCAGACGCUGCCAGCUGACCCACAAUGACAGGUUUGUAUUGCUGGCCUGUGAUGGUCUCUUCAAGGUCUUCACCCCAGAGGAAGCUGUGAACUUCAUCUUAUCCUGCCUGCAGGAUGAAAAGAUCCAGAGCCGGGAAGGGAAGUCUGCUGUUGAUGCCCGCUAUGAAGCUGCGUGCAACAGGCUGGCCAACAAGGCAGUGCAGCGAGGCUCAGCAGACAACGUCACGGUGAUGGUGGUACGGAUAGGGCACUGAGGGCCUUGCCUGUCGUCUUGACCGGGCUCAUGUUGUGUGUACACUGCUUGUGUGCAUCUGUGGGACUCCCAUGGUUGUAAAUAAAGGUUUCUUUCUUUUU